AUGGAAGCCUGGAAUACAGAUCCGCAAGCUUCUAUGCUUCCCAAAGCAGGAGAAGUGUCUCCGCGGAAAUACGAGUUACGUGCUGUCUUGACGCAUUAUGGCAGACACGAGAAUGGGCAUUAUAUUUGUUACCGGAAAUUUUCCACUCAGAGCUUCCCAGGUGAUGUCUCUGAAGACGUGGAUGGCGAGAAGAAGAUGACCCAUCGCUGGUUUCGACUCAGCGAUGAAGAUGUUCAUGUGGCUAGUGAACACGAGGUAUUUGACCAAGGCGGUGUUUUUAUGUUGUUCUAUGAGUGUGUCGAUGAGGCGCAGUCAAGCUGGGAUGGAAUUUCCGAGGAGAUCCAUGAGAAGGGCAUGGCCAUGGAACAUGAACAAAUACCCGAAACAUUUCUAGGAUCUGACGAUCAGAACGACAUGAAAAAAUUCAAAGAAACCGUCACUCCAGCUCUUGUCCUAAAUGGGACAUCAUCUCCCGGAUCUGAAACCUCAGAGAUCAGCAUGGGUUCAGACUUAUCUUCCGCACGUCUAACCCAAAGUUCUUCUGACACUUCGAAUCCCAUUCACGAGCUUGACGAGGUGAAACAAGAUCUACCUCCACCGUGA